AUGCGAAUAUAUACAAGUAUUGUUGUGUUUUUAAUCUGUGGUUGGAACUUUGUGUCAAUGUCGUCAGUUCCUGUUGUGAGACUCAACGAUGGCAGGAGAAUGCCAGGAUUGGCAUUGGGCACAUGGCUCGGGAUUGAUUCAGAGAAGAACCAAAAAGGCAGCGAAGUAGAACACGCCGUGUUGUGGGCCCUCGCCGCUGGGUAUACUCAAAUAGACACAGCAUUCAUCUACGGAAUAGAAGACCAAAUAGGACGGGCGUUGGUAAAGAAGUUCGCAGAAGGAAUGAAGAGAGAAGACGUGUAUAUUACUACCAAGCUGUUCAACGAUGCCCACGCUAAAGAUGCUGUCGUUCCCACCCUUCGCAAAUCGCUCGAAAAUCUCCAGCUGGAAUACGUGGAUUUAUACCUCAUACACUUUCCCACUGGGAUAUUUGAAAAUGGCACAUAUGAUUACACAGACUACGUGGAGACGUGGCGAGGGAUGAUCGAAGCCAAAAACUUGGGCCUCACCAAAUCCAUCGGAGUGUCCAACUUCAACGAGGAACAGAUCAACAGGCUGCUGGAACAUGGACUGGAGAAGCCGGCUGCACUACAAGUAGAGGUGAAUCUGAACCUCCAGCAGCCUGCUCUCCUCUCGUACUGCAAGGAACAGGACAUCGCGGUGAUGAGCUACACUCCCUUCGGCUCUUUGUUCUACAACAAAGCGAGUUCGAACGCACCCCCACCAAGGAUCGAUGACCCAGCCCUUGUCACAAUAGCCAACAAAUACAAUAAGACUGUACCGCAAAUAACUUUGAGAUACUUGGUAAGUAGACCAGAGGGCCCAGUGUGUUUUGCUUCGCUACGCCUCUUUGAUAAUAAAUGGCGCCCCCGGUACCCCCGGGCGAAGCUUUUUAGUCACAGGCCUAUCCAAGUCGGUGAAACGGUUCCCCUUCAUUUUGGGCAUUAUGCCAGCAUUUCGCCAAAGGCCAAAAAACCUUCUUCGAUAGUUACCCUGGGUUUCACCGAAAAUAAUCCAAGUACUUUGACCCGUGUACCUAAAAUCUCUCAGCUCGGAAGGCUACCGGGCUACUGGGUCAGCGAGCUACCCAUAUACUUUGGAUAUAGACUCCAGUUCUGUGUUGAUUCGUUAGGAGAAAUCUGGUUUAGUGACAGUCAAAGGACUUGGACAGGUCCAAGAGUCGACAGGACAAACGUUAGCCUAUGGGCAGUUCUAUCUAUUCCUGAACAUUAUUUUGCUGAAUUUGAUCGUGAAGCAAUACCGAGAAGAGCUCUUAGUAAUGUUGUUCCAGUGAGAGAAGGACAAAGCUCGACACAUUCUAUUCCCUCGUCAUCCAGUCGAAGUGCCAGGACACUCCACCAGACUGAAACCAGCUCCUCCAGCUCUAAAUGCAUCAUAUGUUGCAACAAACCGACCGACACAGCCCUGUCUCCGUGCGGCCACAUGUACACCUGUCACGACUGUGCCCUCGACCUGUGGCAGGGGAGGGGGAGAGGAUCGUGUCCUACAUGUCGCAAGAAAAUUACCAGUGUCCUCCGUGUGUAUAGAGACUGA